GCGGAGCACGACGGCUCCCAUUGGCUGGGGCUCGGGGGUCCUAGCCAAUCCGGCCGCGGGUUGCGUUUCACUUGAGCCGGGUGGGACCGCACCCCGCGGACUCAGAAGCCAGCGGCACCUGGGCACCACCGCACAGCCGAUCCGGUGGCCAAGCUGGAGUUGCCUCCUCCGUGGAUGUUGGAUACCCAGAAGCCCCCCAGAAAGAAAUGGUGGACGCCGCCCUUCGACCCGCGCUUCCCCAACCAGAACCAGACCCGUAACUGCUACCAGAACUUCCUGGACUACCAGCGUUGCGUCAAGACCAUGAGCCGCCGCGGGAAGAACAGCGAGCCCUGCGAGUACUAUUUCCGCGUGUACAACUCGCUGUGCCCCACCAGCUGGGUCCAGAACUGGAACGAGCAGAUUAAGGAUGGGACUUUCGCUGGCAAAAUCUGACUGCCCGAGCGCGGCUUCCUCCGAAGACGCAGUGACCCUGCAUUUGCUUGUCUCGCGGAGCCCGUGCCUCGGUUAUCCACCCCCACGUCCCAGUCUCGAAGCCACGAAUAAUGUUAUGUUGUUGCUGA